AUGAGCAACCAAAUCUCAAGACUGACCGUACCAGCAUUAGAAUACGUAGGCAUGAGCCUGCCCAUUCGAAACUUCUCCGCUCUCAAGGAUAUUACACCGGGAAAUCUCCAAGUGUUUGCCAACAAUGAUUGCAGCGAGCCGCUCAGCCCUGGAACACUUCUUAGUUCUCUUAACAUGACUGGCAAGUCCCCACUCGUUAUCCGUUAUCCGCUGUCAAAUGAUAAUAUCGUCGCGCACAUCAGCUUUAGUAGGUCUUCAAUCGGCACUAUUGUUGGUCAUACCACUGGUGCCUGGUUUGUUUUGCGAGCCGAAACCAAAGAAAAUUUCGACCGAUUGCGAAAUGGCGAUUUCUGCUUCGUGGCGGCCCAAAACAACAAAACAAUCAGUAUUGAUGACGUUUUCACGUCUAACAGUCUGGUGGAUAAUAUCAAAUCGACAAAUCAAAAUUGCAGUAUUAAUUUUUCGGUCCAGCUUAAAGGGAAAAAGCCUACGGUGACUGAAAACCUCCCCGAUGGGGUCCCAUUGACCCCCGAACUUCAAUCUUGCUUUGUUAACACGAUCGACCUUACUUCAUGCUCGUUCAAAUAUAAAUUCAGCAACGGAGCUAUGGCGCGUUGUUACAUUAAUCCAUUUAUGCACACGACAGUUUGUCAUGUGGUGUCUUCUCAUCCAUCACUAGUUCUUAGUGUGGAGCAAGACUUUGAUGGAAGUCGAGGCUACGGGAAUCUAGACUAUGUAGUGUUCUGCUAUGAACUCGCGAUUCCGGUGACUGUAGCUGAAUUAGAGAAGAUGCCGCAAGGGCUGACUCAAAACAUUGUUCAGUUGCACACUGUUGCUGAGCAAUUGUUGGGAAAACGAAAGCGUGAAGAGCCAAGUUAUGACUUUGAUGAAUGCAAUACUAUAUAUGGAAUAGUAACAACUGGACGCGUGCAAUUUAUUCGGUGGACCGGCACACCUGACAAGCCCAGGUCUCAAGCCGAAAUGAUGAAAUCCAAAGUCGAGAAAACUAAAGACGACUCACGUGAUGAAGUCCUCGAAGAAUUCGUACUAAGUAAA